AUGGAUCCGGCGCUCAAGUCCUACCUCGACAAGAUGGUGGAGAACUUGACCAAGGCGAGCGACGACACCCGCGCUGACAUCAAGCAGCUUGCGGGCCGCAUCGACACCCAAGCGGCGCAAGAAGCGGUCGGGGCGCUGCAAGGCAAGCGGCCACCGGCAGCAACAACAUCCAUGGGUGGAUCGCGCGCGGUGGAUCUGCCCGAUCUGGCGCCCGGCGACGAGAUCCACGGGCCCGAUGGCCACGGCGGUCCUCAUCAGCAUCGGGGCGGUCCGCCGGCGGGUGGCACCCCGUCGGCGUCCUCUCCGACCAAUGGUAUGCCACAAUUCCUACCCCAGGCACGUCUACUUGAUUCCGCACUAGGCCCUUGCCUCGCCCAGGGACAGUUCGUGGCGGGGCUCGGCCAAACAAUUCCAUCAGUCUCAUUUCCCCAGUUCUCCGGCGAGAAUCCUAAAAUCCGGAGAACUAUGUGCGAGCAGUACCUCACGAUGUUCCAAGUCCAACCAUCCUAUUUCAUCCCCAUGUCUACUCUGCAUUUCACUGGCCCCGCAGCGAUUUGGUUGCAGUCGGUUCAGCCAAAGAUCGGCGAGCUCGAUUGGGAUGCAUUUUGCAACCUGCUUUGUUCUCGUUUUGAGCGAGAUCGACAUCAGCUGUUGAUUAGGCAAUUUUAUGCACUUCGCCAGACUAGUUCUAUUUCCGAUUACAUUGAGCAGUUUGAAAAUUUAAUGAAUCACCUUAUUUCUUAUUCUGAUGUUGUACAUCCCUUGUAUUUUCUGACGAGGUUCGUGGAGGGCCUGUGGGCAUAUAUCCGCGUCGUGGUUAUGGUUCAGCGUCCCAAAGAUCUGGACACAGCUUGUGCACUGGCUGUCCUGCAAGAGGAAGUGGCUGAGGGCCACAAAGGGCCGUGUUACGAUGUCAUUUUGGGCAUGGACUGGCUUGAAUAUCACAACCCUAUGCUUAUUGACUGGCCAAGGCGUCGCAUGCAAAUCGAACAUGAAGGUUUUACAGUCAUCCUGCAAGGAAUCACCUCCUCGGUCAGCAAGUGUGAUACAUUGAACAACAUUCAGCUUGCGAGCAUGGAAAAACAAUCAGCAGUCGCCUAUGCAGUCCACCUCUGUUAUGCCCAGGAUUCGGAGAACAUCACUGACAUAACAUGCACUGAGCUGCCACCAGAGAUCGCCGAGGUGUUGCUGGAAUACGAGGAUGUAUUCAUGGAACCUGUAGGGCUGCCGCCGAAGCGUGAUUGCGAUCAUCACAUACCACUGAUGCAGGGUGCGCAGCCUGUUAACAUCCGAGCAUAUCGUCUUAAACCUGAAGUAAAAACAGAAGUGGAGCGUCAGAUCGCAGAAAUGCUCAAGGCAGGCAUUAUUCAGAAAAGCAGCAGUCCUUUCUCCUCGCCCAUCAUCCUAGUGAAAAAGAAGGAUGGAACUUGGCGAAUUUGUGUUGACUACCGAAGACUAAAUGCCAUGACCAUCAUCAGCAAGUACCCAGUACCAGUUAUCGAGGAUAUCUUGGAUGAACUAGCAGGAGCUCGCUGGUUCUCUACGCUGGACCUGCGAUUAGGGUACCACCAAAUUCGUCUAGCCGAGGGCGAAGAGUGCAAGACGGCUUUUCAAACACAUUUCGGCCAUUUUGAGUACAAAGUGGUUCCGUUUGGCUUGGGAGGAGCACCUGCAACUUUCUUGGGGGGAUUGAAUGUCACUCUGAAACCAGUUAAUCGCGUAUGUGCUAUGUCGUUCUUCGACGACAUUCUCAUCUUCAGCCGCACCUACGCGCUGCACAUUCAGCACUUGCGUCAAGUCCUGUCACUUCUCAGGAAGGAUCAAUGGUAUGUAAAGCAGUCCAAAUGUGUGUUUGCACAGCAGGAGGUCGGUUAUCUUGGGCACACCAUCUCAGGCAAAGGAGUGGCCACCGACCAAAGCAAAGUGAAGCAAGUGAUCGACUGGCCAGUUCCAGUCUGUGUCAAGGACGUCCGAGCGUUCCUUGGUCUGGCGGGGUAUUACAUGCGCUUUGUCAAGCAGUUUGGCAUGCUAGCACGACCACUGACAAAUCUUCUGCGCAAGCAUACUCAGUUCCAGUGGACAGCAGCAACUCAAGCUGCUUUCAAAGCCCUCAAGACUGCACUGACUUCAGCCCCUGCACUGGCUUUACCGGAUUUCACCAAACCUUCGUGGUCGAAACGGAUGCGUUUUGGGGAGUUUGUGAUCAAAACUGACCAAUGUAGUUUGGUGCACCUGGAAGAGCAGCGCUUACACACUCCCUGGCAACAAAAAGCUUUCACCAAGCUCUUGGGGUUGCAGUACCGUAUCUGUUAUCGCAAGGGAUCGAAGAACGGUGCCGCCGAUGCGCUUUCCAGGCGACCGGUGCCCACUACUGAACAAGUCCAGGUCAUAUCAGUUUGCCAGCCUGCGUGGUUACAGGAGAUAGUUAAAGGCUAUGAUACCGACCCCAAGACCCAGCAACUGAUCGCACGGUUGGCAGUGGCACCCGUGGAGGACAACCAUUUCACUCUCAGCAAAGGCAUUGUGCGUUUUAAAGGGCGUGUCUGGCUGGGCAACAACACCCACAUGCAGCGACAGAUCAUGCGCGCCUUGCACGACAGUGCUGUCGGCGGCCACUCAGGGUUUCCAGCCACCUACAGAAGAAUCAAGCACUUGUUUGCGUGGCCAGGUAUGAAGCAACACAUUAAGGAGCACGUCCAGUCUUGUCAAGUGUGCCAGCAGGCCAAACCGGACGGAGCUCAAUAUCCAGGGCUGCUCCAUCCGUUACCAGUCGCCAAGCGCUGUUGGGACCUGAUCUCCAUGGAUUUCAUCGGUGGAUUACCUCCCUCUCGACAAUACAACUGCAUAUUGGUGGUGGUAGACACUUUCUCCAAGUUUGCCCAUUUCCUUCCAGUCAAGCAUCCCUACACAGCGCUGACUAUUGCACAGCUCUACAUCGAUCAGAUAUACAGGUUACACGGCAUGCCAGAGGCCAUUAUAUCUGACAGAGACGCUGUUUUCACAAGCAAAGUGUGGCAAGAGAUCUUCAAGCUGCAGGGCGUGGAACUGAAAAUGAGCUCGUCGCAUCACCCUCAGAUGGACGAACAGACCGAAAGGGUCAACCAAUGCCUAGAAACCUACUUGCGUUGCUUCGUCCACAGCUCCCCCAACAACUGGAGCAGAUGGUUAGCGUUGGCUGAGUUCUCGUAUAAUUCAACAUACCAUUCCACGCUCAACAAGACAGCAUUCGAAGUGGUUUAUGGCCAGGAGCCGCGGCACCUUGGGCUGAUUCCUGAACAAGCAACACCAAUUCCUGAGCUUAAUGAGUGGUUGGAAGAGCGGCAGCAAAUGCAAGAUAUCUUGAAGCAACACUUACUGCGUGCCAAGCAGGUCAUGAAGCAACAGGCAGACAAGAAAAGGACUCCUAGAGAGUUCCAAGUGGGCGACCAGGUGUUUCUCAAGUUGCAGCCAUACAUUCAGACGUCCGUGGCACGCAGAGCCAAUCACAAGCUGAGUUUCAAGUUCUUCAGACCCUAUACGGUGAUCCGCCGAGUGAAUGAAGUUACGUACGAGCUGCAGCUGCCUGAAGGAUCACCGAUCUUUCCAGUCUUCCACGUUUCACAGUUGCGCAAGGCGCUGACCCCAGUCACCUAA